CAGCCUUCCGCCCUGCCAAGCGAUUAAGGAUUUGUAAGGAUGAAUGAGCUGUCCGGAGAGCCAGGGCCUGGUGCAGCGCUCUCCUUUAUUAAUUAUGGGGAAGUGAUGCAUUGGCCACGUUAAUGCUUCUCUUGGAAAGGGCAGUCAGUGGAUGGCUCGUGGAUUUCGGCACCAGCCCUUUCCCCAACGCAACCUUCCUGCUCAGCUGUUCCUCCUCUCUGUAGUCGAAAAGCCGCGUGGCUUUCACACUAAACAGCCUCCUGAUCAUGAUUCCCAGGUUGGGAUAGUUGGAAGUCAGCUGUUGGACAACAUGCUGCAAGCAAGCCUCUCACCCACCUUCUCGCUGGGAUUUCACCUGUUAGUCAUCGUGGCUGUCUUAUUUUCCCACGUGGACCAUAUAAGCGCCGAGUCAGAAAUGGAAGGAGAAGGCAAUGUAACAAACGAGUGCACCGGUUCAUAUUACUGUAAGAAAGGGGUGAUCUUACCCAUCUGGGAGCCCCAAGACCCUUCUUUUGGGGACAAAAUCGCGAGGGCCACUGUGUACUUUGUGGCCAUGGUCUACAUGUUCCUUGGAGUCUCCAUCAUCGCCGACCGGUUCAUGUCCUCCAUCGAAGUCAUCACCUCUCAAGAAAAGGAAAUCACCAUCAAGAAGCCCAACGGAGAGACCACCAAGACAACCGUAAGGAUCUGGAACGAGACGGUGUCCAACCUGACCUUGAUGGCCCUGGGCUCUUCUGCUCCAGAGAUCCUCCUCUCGGUCAUUGAAGUGUGUGGCCACGACUUCAAUGCUGGAGACCUAGGUCCCAGCACCAUCGUGGGGAGUGCUGCGUUCAACAUGUUCAUCAUCAUCGCGCUGUGUGUCUACGUGGUCCCAGAUGGGGAGACCAGGAAGAUCAAGCACCUGCGUGUGUUCUUCGUGACGGCGGCCUGGAGCAUCUUUGCCUACACCUGGCUUUACAUCAUCCUGUCGGUCAUCUCCCCUGGGGUGGUGGAGGUCUGGGAAGGGUUGCUCACGUUCUUCUUCUUCCCCAUCUGUGUUGUGUUCGCUUGGGUAGCCGACAGGAGGCUUCUGUUCUACAAGUACGUCUACAAGAGGUACCGGGCUGGCAAGCAGAGGGGGAUGAUCAUUGAACACGAAGGAGACAGGCCAUCCUCCAAGACUGAGAUCGAAAUGGAUGGGAAAGUGGUCAAUUCCCACGUGGACAACUUCCUAGACGGCGCUCUGGUUCUGGAGGUGGACGAGAGGGACCAGGACGAUGAGGAGGCGAGGCGAGAGAUGGCUAGGAUCCUGAAGGAGCUCAAGCAGAAGCAUCCCGAUAAAGAAAUAGAGCAAUUAAUAGAACUAGCCAACUACCAAGUCCUGAGUCAGCAGCAAAAGAGUAGAGCCUUCUACCGGAUUCAAGCCACUCGCCUGAUGACCGGGGCGGGCAACAUCUUAAAGAGGCACGCAGCGGACCAGGCCAGGAAGGCCGUCAGCAUGCACGAGGUCAACACGGAAGUGGCUGAAACUGACCCUGUCAGUAAGAUCUUCUUUGAGCAAGGGACAUACCAGUGUCUGGAGAACUGCGGCACGGUGGCCCUGACCAUCAUCCGCAGAGGUGGCGACCUGACCAACACCGUGUUUGUCGACUUCAGAACCGAGGAUGGCACAGCCAACGCCGGGUCCGAUUACGAAUUCACAGAAGGGACUGUGGUCUUUAAGCCGGGUGAGACCCAGAAGGAGAUCAGAGUCGGCAUCAUCGACGAUGACAUCUUUGAGGAGGAUGAGAAUUUCCUCGUGCAUCUCAGCAACGUCAAAGUGUCCGCCGAAGCUUCUGAGGACGGCAUCCUGGAAGCCAAUCACGUCUCCACGCUCGCCUGCCUUGGCUCCCCCUCCACGGCCACCGUGACUAUCUUCGAUGAUGACCACGCGGGCAUCUUCACUUUUGAGGAACCCGUGACUCACGUGAGCGAGAGCAUUGGCAUCAUGGAGGUGAAAGUGUUGAGAACCUCUGGAGCUCGGGGGAAUGUGAUCGUUCCCUACAAGACCGUCGAAGGGAGCGCCAGAGGUGGAGGGGAAGACUUUGAAGACACCUGUGGAGAGCUCGAAUUCCAGAACGAUGAAAUUGUCAAAACAAUAUCAGUCAAGGUAAUUGAUGAUGAGGAAUAUGAGAAAAACAAGACCUUCUUCCUUGAGAUUGGAGAGCCCCGCCUGGUGGAGAUGAGUGAGAAGAAAGCCCUGUUAUUGAAUGAGCUUGGUGGCUUCACAAUAACAGGAAAAUGCCUGUAUGGCCAACCUGUCUUCAGGAAAGUUCAUGCUAGAGAACAUCCGAUUCCCUCUACUGUAAUCACCAUUACAGAGGAAUGUGACGACAAGCAGCCGCUGACCAGCAAAGAGGAAGAGGAGAGGCGCAUUGCGGAAAUGGGGCGCCCCAUCCUGGGAGAACACACCAAGCUGGAAGUGAUCAUUGAGGAAUCCUAUGAAUUCAAGAGCACCGUGGACAAACUCAUUAAGAAGACAAACCUCGCCCUGGUGGUCGGCACGAACAGCUGGAGAGAGCAGUUUAUUGAAGCGAUCACUGUCAGUGCUGUCUCGGGUCCAGCAGUCCUCCAGGAAGUCGGACAGCCUCCCCAGCCGCCAGCUGCACCAGGGGAAGAUGAUGACGACGACGAAUGUGGGGAGGAGAAGCUGCCCUCCUGCUUCGAUUACGUGAUGCACUUCCUGACUGUGUUCUGGAAGGUCCUCUUUGCCUUCGUGCCCCCCACAGAAUACUGGAACGGCUGGGCAUGCUUCAUUGUCUCCAUCAUCAUGAUUGGCGUCCUGACAGCUUUCAUUGGCGACCUGGCUUCCCACUUCGGCUGUACCAUUGGCCUGAAAGAUUCGGUGACUGCGGUCGUGUUCGUGGCACUUGGAACUUCAGUACCAGACACCUUUGCAAGCAAAGUGGCAGCUACCCAGGACCAGUACGCAGACGCAUCCAUCGGUAACGUCACCGGCAGCAACGCGGUCAAUGUCUUCCUGGGAAUCGGCGUGGCCUGGUCCAUCGCAGCCAUCUACCACGCGGCCAAUGGGGAACAGUUCAAAGUGUCCCCCGGCACGCUGGCUUUCUCCGUCACUCUCUUCACCAUUUUUGCUUUCAUCAAUGUGGGGGUGCUGCUGUAUCGGCGGAGGCCGGAGAUCGGAGGUGAGCUGGGUGGGCCCCGGACUGCCAAGCUCCUCACGUCAUCCCUCUUUGUGCUCCUGUGGCUCUUGUACAUUUUCUUCUCCUCCCUGGAGGCCUACUGCCACAUAAAAGGCUUCUGAAGGAACAAUCAGUUAUAGUAAAUUUAUAAAUAUAUAUAUACAUAUAUACAUAAAAAAUAUGUACAAUGAACAGAGGAAACUGACAUUUGUCAUGUUCUCUUACCUGCUGAUGGAAUCCAGCUUCAAGAGCAUACUGACUAGGGCUGAAGUGAGAAACCAUCACCUCCCAUUCCCAGGGGCAUCGUCACAUGGAACAAGGCGUGGAGGCGGGGGCAGCUCGGCCUCGGAGGGCUGUGUCCUCUCCAGGUUCCUAAAUCCUUAAGCCUUUGCUUUGUUUUCUGUUUUGACCACUUUUCAGUGAGGGUUGGGAGGUGGUCGGUGUCUGCCUUCUAUUCUGUUUUGUUGGGAAGAUCGGGGUUCUUGCUUCUCUUGUGGGAGGUGAUGACCAAUCUAAAUGCAAAUGGAAUUUGGUCAACAUUUAAGCCAUUAGGAUGACUCUCCCGUUCCCCCAACGCUUUACAAGUUAUUUUGGAUUCAGAAGGGAUAUGGGCACGGAAGAAGGAAGCAGCCCGUCUUCACCAUGUUACUCAACCCCAGCUCAGCUCUGGACCGUGAGCAGAGGUGAAGCUGCCUCUGAGAAGAAGCGUGGGAGCUGGGAUGGUUCCAGGUGCCAUCUGACAUUUAAAGAUAUGCUGCCUGGCACCCUUGAUCAACAGGUACAGGAAGACUGUCGUGCCUAGAUCCCCGGAAACACACAAAAUCCUUUACUACUUCUCCCUUUAGCUCUGGAUUGUCAUUAGCAAGGCCCUUCUGGUGUUCCAGCCCAGCUAUCUCCCCAGGUCCCCCAGCCCCUCCUCCCGCAAACAGGAAGAACAACUCCAUUCGAAACUCACAUCAUCCUUUUCCAUUCGCAUCAAUCUGUGUCCCAUGUUGCCGUUGCCUGGGAUGGAUCAUCUGUUGGUUUUCUUUUCCAAAGCAUCCAUGGCUUACACAGUGCUGUUCCAGUCAUGACUGAACAUUCGCUCCUCCUUCAUGUGCCUGUUUGGGAAUGUUGUUGUGAUACUUGUUACGCAGUGCAUGGACGAAAAACAAAACAAAACGUUAUCUGUAUAUAGUAGAGCAUAGCAUACACUGUUCUCCCAUUGAGCAACGUUAAUUGGACAUUGAAAGACAUACGUGAGCUUUCUUUUCACCUGUAACGUUUGUGUUGUUAUUGAGUUCAUGACUAGGGAGACAAGGAGAAAAUGGCUUAUUGUUCAUGGAACUGCACAGUCUUUUUUUUUCGAAGAAGAAGAAGCAAUAACUGUCACGUGGGACGUGAGAGCAAUGGAGAGGACCGCAGGCAAACUACAAAGCAUCUUCAUGGAAUAGUAGCCAUGUGGAGCCUGCCAGAGGCCUCUAGAAAACCGCGUGUUGGUUCAGGAAGGCCAAGGAGAAGGGUGUGGAGAAGUGGAUGCAGGAGGCAUGCCUGGGCUUUGAGAGCCUCCGUUUUCACAGCGCCCUGUCCCUGAAGUAUUUAUUUCACAUCUGCUCUGUCUGGCACAGAUGGUAGAUAGUGCUGGUUUGUUCGUUUUAUUUUUUUUAUAUAAAGGCUAUUUUGAGCCCUGUUUCUUUCACCACCCAGACCCCUUUGAUUGUACCUGCAGCUCCUGAGUAGGAAAGAGGUCAGGCUGACCAAUGGGUCUUUGCAAGUGAGUCUCCUCUACUUACAACUGAGGGGUAAGCAGUUCAAGGAGAAGAUGAGUGCCUCCCAGCAGGGCUGCACUGGGAGGUUUUUUUAUUCCCUGGAAAGGGAAUGGCUCUUUCUAUUUCCAAAUACCAAAGAGCGUGGCGAAAUCCACAUUCCAAAGUAGUGAGUCCACUAAUAAGGAAAAAUGGAACGACGCUGGCCCCCUCUUAGAGACUUCUCUGUCUAUAAAGAUUCCCAGGAUGGAGACACCCCUAGCCCUCUGUACUGAUUCAAAGAUACUGAAGACAUAAAAAAUGUUGAGCUGUUUUCUCUUUUUCUACUCAGUGAUCAUGGUCAUUCAUCAUUUAGAUAAAGAUUUGGUGGCUGGAUGAAUAAUUAAAUGCUGGGGACCCACUGAGUAUGCCAGGAACCAUGCCACCACCUGGGGACUAGAGCAUGAACAAAACAGCCCAGAUCCUGGCCCUCGGGGGGCUCUCGCAGUUAAUGUGAUUGCUCUUUCCAUGAGUCAAAGUCAACUCAGCCACAUAGAAACAGAUUUCUAUUGCAAGAAAAAAACGAUUAUGAAACUUUAAAACUAACACAUUGAAAUUGUGCAAAUACAAGCAUUCAAAUACCUAAAUUUGUUUGUUUGUUUUUUUAAUUAAGAGAGUAUAAAACAUAGCUUAGGAAAAACAUCCUCGAUGUCCUUGGCCAAUCUUACAGAUAGGACAUCUUAAACUCAUCUUAAACCAAGAAAGGCAAUCAUGCUAUGUUCCAUGUCCCAGAGAAUGCCCAGUUAAUCCCAGUUUGUAUCUUGGCUUGAUAACGAUACUUUUCUAUGCCCUGUACCUCUACAAUUCUUCUCUCUUAGAGACUCACCCCAACCUGUCUUGGCCUAGCACACUGGUGGCCUAACUCCUUUGGGGGCACAUGUUAAUCCCCUACCCCCCUACACACACAUUUUUUUUAAGAUUUACUAAAUGGAAAAGUAGCCUACAAACACCAGGUAAAUAUUAUCAAGGGACAUUGAGUUGUUUCAACAUUAGAAAUAUUUUGCACCUAUUUUGAGCCAUAUUUAGAAUGUCAAGAAGCCCUUAGCAAAUUGUUACAGAAGACUUUUGAGAAAUUCUUGCCAUUAGUCAAUCUCAAAGCUUUUGGGUUUGUUUGCUUUUUAAAUUUUUAUGUUUUAGGGAUAUGAUGCUGGUUGUUCAGGGUUCAUUAAUAAUUAUAGUUGUGUAAAAUUAUCUUAUUUUGUUUGAUUAUUUUAUUUUGUGUGUAUUGUGCACAGCUUUAGGGGAAAACGCACUCAUUGUGCUGUUCCUUAUACAUGGUACACGUUAUUGACACAGAGAAAUAAAGUUUCUAAUUCUGACUUAAUCACUAGUUAUACAGCAUAUUCUGUAUGGAAUGUUUGCCUUCUCAUUGUCAUCUACUUCAUUUUUUUGUUUUCAUGUUUUAAAGAAAUAAAAACCCAAAAGGUAUUAUUGUGCAAGUGGUAUCCUCAUCCAAAUGAAAGAAAAUAGAUAUACUAGUGUUCAAUUCUUGCAAAUGUCAACUCUUUGGUUAUUCAGUGUUUCCUUUUUAACCUCCCAAGAGAGCACAGCAUCAGAAUAUUGUUGGACAGUGUUGAGAUAAAUGCUAGACAAUUUUCCAUUUCACUAAUUGUUUUCUUACAUUAGUUAGUACCAUUUUAUCUACAUCCGUUUGGCAUCUAAGAACAUAAGCUCCCAAACAGUUAUACAUCAGAUCUUUUUUUAGAUAUGGAGCAUUAUAUCAAAUCAAUCAAUCCCAAUAAAAUUGAUCACCAGAAAUGUGUAACUAGUUGCUUCCCCAAUUGUUGUAGUAAUCACUUCACUGGGUCAAAGCAUUCUUGCCAUUGGUAAAAAUCUACUUUAAUUGGUAAAGGAGUAAAGUAUGUAUGCCUAAAAUCAUGCUCAUCUUACAGAAAAAGAAAGAUGUUAUGAGUGGCUUCAUCGGCUUUCAUUCUCAUCUACCUACAAAUUUGGGGUAAUGGAUUGCACUUCUGCUCCUUUUAAGCAUUAUGUCCUCAUCACUUCUGUCCACAUUCACUGUCUUCCACCCACCAGAUUUCAAGUGUAGAGUGGUCCUUUUGGUCCUAUUUUUACCAGCAAGGAUAACACAAGAAGGUGAAACAAUUGUAAGGUAGAUAUUUCAUUUUUGGCACUUAAUUAGGCCAUCGUUAAUCACCUCCCGAAGCAGAGAACGUUAUCUAUAGAAGGAGCAACCACUGAGAGGUGGGUUUCCCGAGGGACAGAGUGUGCCUGCUUUCCAGCCAACAGCCAUGGUGAGUAUCUAGCUUUCUGUGACUUCUUCCCUGCCUGCCACAAUGUCAGAAAAGGUGCUCUCAGAGGCUCUCCCAGUUUUCAGGUUGGUCAAAGGGCCUCUGAUUUACAAAUCCCUUCUUAUGGAACAUUUAAAUCAGUGGUCAUUGCAUAAAUUAUUUUAUUAAUUUUAGGAAAAAUCAUUACUUCAAACAGCAAUCUGACUGUUUAGUUAAAUCUGUCUUUGCAGGAAGGCUUGACUGCCCAGAAUCGCCUAGUCUAUCUGUAUGUAAUCAUUGCUGUGCUUCACAGAUGCUUAACCUCUUCACGUUUUUUUGGAAUCAUGCAGUCCUGUCCUUUUCCAAAGAUCCAAAGAAGUGUCCCCUGGGGAAUAUGCAAUCUUAAUCUUUCUUUUCCCUGUUUCCGACCUUUGUAAAUUUUCAAUAGCUGCUUGCAUUAUAUUCAUUAUCCUUACUAAUGCUCACUCUUACCUCUCAACAAUGGGGAAAAGUCCAUGGACAUGUUUUUCUGAGUGAAUCUGUCACAGGAAAAAUUCAAUAUAGUGACAUUCCACCUAGAAAACUGUCAUUUAUAGAAAUAAUAUGCUAUGAUCUAGUGACUGAGUAUACUCUACAGCUACACACUACAACUGAUUGCUGCAAAGAAUAAAGCCAACAUUUCCCCAUGUUUCAGGCCAUCUAUCUCGCCAUUUCUAUCAAUAUAUGUGGGUAUGGAUUGGGGAUAAGGACCCUCACGUACAUCUUCAAAAAUGAAGUAAACACAGAAAAAAAAAAUGAUUCCAAGAAAUAGGAGUGGAUCAAACACUUCUCUAUAUACCAAAGAGGAAAAUUCACAUUGAUAAUCAAACAUACCAAAAGAGAAAUUGGUGACCUUCAAUGUUACUGAGUCAAUUCUGACAAUUAAUGUAGAGCCUAGCACUCUUCCUUUGUGGACAACAGACAAAGCCAUGGAGCCAAAUUUAAGAGUUUAUUGGGGAAAAUUGAUUUAUAGCCCCUCUGUAUUAGAAAUUAUUUAUUCACCUAGAAGAUUUUCCAAGACCUUUUCCUUAUAUUCCCAAGUUGGAACAACCCACUUUUAAUUUACAGAAGUAUUUUCAGUUGUUAAAAUUACUUGUAAACAACUGUUCAUAUAUUCAAAUUAUUUUGUAUUAGGUGCACAGCACAAUGGUUAGAUAAUCAUAUACUUUAAAAAAAGUUCCCCCUGAUACUUCCAGUGCCCAACUGGCACCUUACAUAGUUAUUACAAUAUUACUAUAUUAGGCCCCUGGAAGCCACAUGAUAGGACAAUAGAUAAAUUCUCUAAUGAGAUUUUCCUAAAAAUGUGAUUACAAUGACCCAUGUUCUAAUGUGAAGUUCCCAUUCUUUCCAAGUGGAAAGGAACGAUUCUAUUAAAUAACUAAAUAUAUAACCACUUUUCAAAAUAUUUCACCUAAAAAAGAAACUAUGUAAGUUACAUAAAUAUUUAAAAGUUAUAUGACCCACAUGUCUAGUUUUGAUGAAAAUAAAUUUCUCUAUAGUUUCCUUUCUACCUUUUUAUACUCAUCUUAACACUAAACUUUGGAAAUACUCCCAAGUAGAAAUAUUUCAAGAUUUCACAUUCUCAUAAUGCUCAUGUAAUUGAGUAAUAUGGUAAAAUAAUGAUUUGGGUGAGAAUUAUCUAGUAUGUGUUUGAUUUGAGUGAGAAUUAUCUAUGCGUUUAUCAAGAACAUAUUUAAAAAUGAGAGAAUUAGCAAAAAGAAAAUGCAUCAGUGUCUCAUCACAGAAUAUCCUUGUCUAAGAUACUUAAAAGUCAUUCCCAUUAAGGAAUAUGGAGUCCCAGUUUCUACCAACACAGUAAAACAUAAACUUUUAUUCUCUGAUUUUUACAUUAAAAACUAAGCUGGGUUUACAUAAUUUUUUGUUGUUAUUGCCAAAACCAAAACUGUGCUUUUGAUGUACUUUUUCAUAUUACUAAGUUAUUUUGUGAAAUAUACCAGACCUCAUAAAAAUGCCUUCAAUAAUUUUUAAGCCAUGAAGUUUCUAAAUUUCAUAACUUAAUACCUUGACAGUUUCAUUUAUAAAUAGCUGAUUUCACUUUUAAUUGAUUUUAGAAAGAUAGGGAAAGAGAGGAGAGAGAAACAUUGAUUUGUUAUUCCACUUAUUUAUGCACAUUGUUUGAUUCCUGCACUUGCCCUGAUCAGGAAUCAAACCUGUAACCUUGGCAUAUUGGGAUGAUGCUCUAACCAACUGAGAUGCCAGGACAUGGCUAAUUCCAUUUUUGAUGUUAUUGUUUAUAUAUUUAAAAUAAUACAUAAGAUGGGAUAUUGAGCUUGAGACUGGCUCAAAUAAACAAUAAAUCCCAGACAGACCUAUCAGUAACUAAAAUGCUUCUGAAACACUAGCCUUUUCAUUCAGAGCAAGUAGAACUAUUGUUUUCUAACUUCUACCAAACAUGGCCACUUCAGCCGGUGUAAAAACUAACAACAAAAAAGAUUUGAAAUGCUUCUUUGAAGAUUAUUUCUAUGAGAUUCAGCCAGGUUUUCAGCAUUAAAUCUUCUCUAACCCACCCUCCCUCAAGCAUGGAGAUACAAACAUAAAUACAAAAAUAGGCAAUGUAUGUCAAGUAACUAUUGUAGAAUUGCAUUUUUGAGUGUCUAGGACAGCCCUAAAAGCCCAUGUUAGGUUACUGUUCCUUUUUAUCAGAUCUCUUUUUUAGAUGGAAAAAGAGAGACGAAAACACAUUCCUGAAUUUUUCUUUUUAGCAAAAGAUGCAAAUACGAAGUUGUUUGAAACUACUUAGAAUACUGUUCAUUAGAGAUAGCCUUCUAGAAUAGAUAAGUAACUUUUAAAGAGAAAGAAAUUCAUUUUUCUUUCCUUCAUUUAGCAAGCAUUUCUGAUAGAAAGUUUUUAGGACCAAUUAGGGCUCCUUUCUGACUUUUCCAAUUACCUAUCUGUCUUUUCAAAGGUGUUGGAAAUAUCCUCUCCAGUCAAAUCAUGGGGGAUUAAAAGGAUAAGAUUUUGUCUUUUCCAUGGAAACAGCACCAAGCAGGCCAGCUCCCAUACAUCAGCUAACAUUAUCUAAAAAUAUAUUUUGCAUGUUGGGAAAAAAGGAAUAGGAGUCCCACCCAGUUUCGCCAAAAUACCUGAUCAUCUACCACCACUAGUUGUAGUUUAGCUUGGAUAUUUUCAACGGAACCAACUUAACUGCCAAGAUUUUGCAAACAAGCAAACUACCCCUUUCAACCAUUUAGUAUCUGAGAUUCCUCCAAGGCAAGGAAUGAAGAGCGGGUAGAGAGGGGUUGAAGCCAAGUCACUUAAGCCUGUUGAACCAACUGCCUCAUUACAUAUUGGACCCCACUUAGGACACUUACUAUUGAAAAAAUGGACUUUAUUUUAUUGCAAUUUCAUAAAAAAUGUUCUAGUAUUGGAUCUAAGCGCAGGAUAACAUCACGGAAAAGCAAAGGGUUUUUUUUAUUAGCUAAAACUAUUAAAAUGUGCAAGAAAAUAUUUCUUUGCUGUCUCAGUCUAAAACUAAGAACAGGUUUUUGCUGUCAUCGGUAAUCUUAUAGGAAAUUUGAAACUAUAUUUCUUUGGAACCAAUGAUGCUACAGUUAAUAUACACUUAUUAAAAUAUUCUGGAUAAUCUCAGGUUGUUCUCUGAGAUUCUGCAUAGAUUAACUUUAAAAAAAAAUAAAAAAAGAGCUUUCUCAGCAGAUGGAUUGGGAAUUUUCCCAACAACUGGCUCAUUUUGUCGAGAAGUGAGUCUAGCACCCAUAGAAGCUACAAGCAGAAGACUCAGUAGAAGCGAUGAGCAUCAGCAACUCUGCCUCUAGUCCCCUUUUCCUGCUUUUGACUUAAUCCCUGUGCACAUCUUGCAGAAGCUACUGCAGAUGGUGAGAGAAAGCCAAAAGGAAAAGAGUUAUCCUCUCUGCUCAUCAACUUAAAAAAGGUGUUUAAACUUUUAAACUUUAAGUGCAAACUAAAGAGAGAUGAUUUAAAUACCAAACUGAAGCAAAAAAAAAUGCAAUUUUGAAAGCUAUAAAGAAAAUGCAAGUGGGUUAUUGAAGUAUGGGAUGUCCUAACAACAGUGCUCAACACUGCCCUUCCCCCAUUCCAUUCAUGCAGUACCUAGAAGCAAGCAAGCAGUCACCCAAGGGAGACAGAUCAUGAUUCAUUCAAUUAAUAGAUAGGGUCAAGAACUAAACAAAAUAGAUGGGGCCAACCUUAGGUCUCAAGCCAGACCAUCACCCUUGCGCACUCUGAUAGCUAUGGUCUGUGAACAUGGGAACAAUACCAGAAGUCUCCCCCCCCCCCCCCACUUGAUAUGAAUAUCACCUAUAGUCAUUUUUUUUUUUUUUUUGGCUCUGAGCAAGGCUAUUUUGUUUGAUUCAAACCUUUCCAAACAGAGUCUUUCAGCUCAAUCACAUGCUAUUGCCUGCAUGGAGAGUGAAUCUUCAAACUGGUUGCCAUGGAACCAGUUUUUGAAAACACUGAGAAAGCAGCAUAGCCAAGUGGGUUGGAUCUAGCAAGAAAUAUACACUUGGAUUUUUUUUUCCUUCUUGGACAAUGCUCUGAUACUCCAGUUCUAAAAGAGAUUUCCUUAAUAAAUUGAAAAUAAUUGCUUUGUCGCCGUUUUAAAUCAAUCCAUACUCUCUUCAAAGCUUGAAGCUUCCACUGACUGAAAUGAGAUCCACAGGUAGUACUAGAACGACUUUACCCAAAGACAUGAUUUGUCUUGUGAAGAAACCAGAAUUGGUUUGGGCCUCUUUAAAGCAACAGACAAAGUACUUCUUAACGUUGGAAAAAAUGAAGAGGGUUCAGCACAGUUUCCUGGGUUACAGAGGACAGGGCUUCUGACAAGAUCUCUCAAUGCUCUGCUCUUCCCUGUGAGUGUGUAUCUGUCCUGGUUCCAUGGGGAACACUUCCUUGCCCUCAUUCAGUGGUAGAACACUGCCAUAGCCCAAGCUCCACCAUCUGUCCUCUAAUUCUCCCAGGAGAAACAGCCAUUCCAGAGCUUGUUAUGGAAAAGAAGACAAGAGAAAUGGACAGGUAUCUCAUUGGUUGCUCCAAAAGCUUUGUAACACAGACCAUUCUGAUUGUCUCCAUAUUAACACUGUACUCCUCCCCCCCCCUUUUUUUUUAAAGUGACAGUAACUCAGGAAAAAGAGUUGAGUAAAUAUCUCCAACUAUCAAUCAAAAGUCAGACAUUGCUUUGCAGGCAAGACCUUAAAAGCCACUUCACCUUCCUGCACAGUCUCUGCAAAUCCAUAAGGGCUGAAAGUGUUUGGACAGGGCUCAUCAAUUAAAGUUCAGGUCUGGAUACUGGAGCUAGAUAAACAUCAACUUGAAAAUUAGCCUGAAAGAAGUUCAACCAAAGAGGGCUGAAAAUUAGUCAAUUUAGCAAGUCUGUCUGCCAGGAUCAUUGACUCACUUUAUAUGCAAUUAAAACUUGUAAAAACAUCUACACAGUCAAGGCAGUGGAGCAAUUUUUAAAUCAAGUGUGAGAGUUUAUUGCAUUUUUUUUCAAUCAUCCAAUUUUGUAAACCUCAAACAUUUACUUUGUGCAGAGUAUUAAACCAGGCACCCUAGGAUAGCAUUAGGGAUUCAAGACAAAAGUAAUUUCAAGAAAACUAACACUAGCCCUGAAUUUAGUCAGGAAGUGGCUGGUUAUGAUACGCUAAUUAAAUUAACCUCCCAUUUUUGGUCUAGAGACAUUUUAUCAAUCCGAGACUGCUUCAUGGAGCCAUUCUUAAACCUACCAAGUAAUUUGCUUUUAGUAGAAAUAGAAAUUUCCAGAACUUCACAUUCUGCCUUUCACCAAUGAGAUAAAUUAAGCCAUGGGUUUAACAGCCCACUGGAGGAAGCGGCCUCAAUCCCAGUGUGGAGGUAUACAGUGUUCUUUUCAUUUUAACCUCCAAGAGUCACCAGAGAGGAGACCCUAAGUCUUUCCUCUUGUGAAAAAAUCAAUAUGUUAUUGCUUUAGGGGGUUGAGUCUUUAGCUCUUGCUAGACUUGAAUUCGCUCGUCAUUACACGGAGAGACAUCGCCUGUCGCUGCGUUUUCCGGCACCCACUGGGCCUUGCAUGAUCCGUGGCUCCCUGUUAUCAUCCACUGGGUAUGGCUUGAAGGUGCUUUAUGUGGUGAGCCAGUCCUUCUUUUAUAGCACUUCAUUACCAGUGCAAAUAUCAAGCCAAUGCAACCACACUAAGUCUGGCAGGAAUUUAAAGAUUUGUUUUGCUUAAAUAAAUGCUUUGUGUGCUGCAGUCAAAAAAAAUAAUAAUAUGCCCUCCACUAAAGGAAUUGAAGUUUCUCCCUUUGGGGGUUGCCCACAAUAGCACAUUUAAUAAGCUUGGAAUGGGUUCCCUAUCAGCGACCUCCAUAAAGCUAAGACCGCCAUUCUUCUAAAUGAGUUGAACUUCACACAGUUUCCCAGGAGAAAUCCUCUUCUUUUCCACUCUUUGUUCUUAAUGACAAUAAUUUAGGAGAAAGAGGCCGACAGAAAAGCGCAGCAGUUAAAAGUGUGUGAAUGCAAACAGGAUGUGCAGAAAGGACAGGGCAGAAAGACGUUUAAAGCUACAAGCAUUCUAAGGGAAGAUGGAAAGAGAGUUGCAUUGCUAUCGAUUCAGCUGUCUUUUAAACACUUCCCCUGUUAUGGAGAAAGUGACUACUACUCAAAAAGAUUUCACAAAAAGACUUAAACCCCAGCCCUAGCAAUCAUCUGGUUUACCACAGGCCAGAUGCCCCAUUAGCGAUCUGAAAUUGCACACAGUCGCAGAAAUGACCGAGAGGAUGGAGAUAUUGCCAUGGCAAAAGGAAAGAAAACACAAAAGCAACCAUGUUGAACUCUGCUUCUAUAAACAAAGAAUGUUUUAGUGGAACAAAUGUAAGCUUUCUUAUGAAGGAAUCCCAGUUAGGAUGUCAUUGAAAAUGGCCAAACCAUUUCAACAUCUCAGCAGUGAAACAUUCCAGUUUUAUGAGCUCUGAGGCACAAAGCCAAAUUUGUCAGGGGGAAAGGUAAACAAAAAGUCCCAGCAUUACAACAAAUAAAGUGAUCUUGGGAGCUUCCCUCUUGAGAGAUAACAUUAAAAUAGAUAUUUUUAUUAUAACUAUCAUAAUUUCUAUGACUUCUAUAUAAGGAUAAAAUGACUUUUCCUCCUCUCAUAAAUCUUUAUAUAGAACUGCUAUUUAGUUGCGGUGGGCAUCAUCAUUAUAUAUUUCAAUAAGUUCCUUCAUUUUGAAUUGGAGCCCCAUUUCAUAUUUAAAUAGGAAAUGCUAAAUUGGAGAGGUAGUUUUUCUGUCCUUUUUAAAAAAAAAAAACCAACAAAUCAGCACCAUAGCGUUUUCUAGAGAUGAAUGCCUUAAGCCAUCCUGGUCGUUGUCAAUCAUCCAGAAGUGCUGGUUUAAGGCAAAGAACCCAUGGCCAGACAGAGCCUGUCUUCUGCGCAGGCUGUUGCUCGUUCACACAAACUCAUCCCUCCUUUUCCUCAACUCCUGUGCCAAUCCCACCUGCUCUUUGUUUGCUCAACCACACAAAUAGCAAUCUCUAACCGCAAGGCAUGUACUGACAGCUUGUUCAACCUAAUUCCUCCUCAAGUGAAUGUUGUACAUUGCCCUUGAUGUUCUUGCCCUUGAUGUAGUAGGUUCUUGCCUCUGAGGUACUUUAAAAGGGGUUUUACUAGAAAAAUCUCAACAAACCUUUGUCUGUGUUAAGUGAGGAAACUGGACAAAUACGGCUAUGGACUAUCCUGGGGUAAUAGGAAGGAUAUCACCCUUUGAAGCAAGAGAGAAGUUCAAUGGUAUCAUUAUAAAAUAAUACUCUGAAGGAGUAGCUGUCCAGCAAGAAUGUCAAACUCAAAGGCUAACAAGGACCACAGGAUUGAUAUGCUUGCUGUGCAGUCUUCCACCAAUAGCUUUAGAAGGACUCAAGUUGAAUAACAAAAAAAAUCAUAUUCCCCUCAGAGGAAGGUCAAGGUUGGAGCAUGAGUUGGAGUCAUAUUUCACUUACAGGUUUGCUAUAUGUGUUGAUAGGAUACUUAGACUUCUGAACCUCUAGAUUCUCUAUAAUUAAACUAGCACCAAUUGAAUUAUCUACAUGAUAAGACCAUGGGGAGGGGAAACCUAAUACUGACUUUCACAUUCUACACAGAAAAGUUCUGACCUGGGUGAUUUAUAAGGUACUAAAAGGAUUCUUAAUUCACGGUCCCUGGCAAAGCAGCAUCAACAACAACUGUGAAAUAUGGUAAUAUGCAAAUUUUCUGCUUGCACCUGAGGCUCAGCCCUGACCCCAUGAAUCAGAAAUUCUGGGAGUGGGUCCAGCAGUGUGGGUUUUAACAAGCCCUUGGAAUGAUUCUGGUGUAUGUUCAAGUUUAAGAACUAACCAGUGCUCUGAAGUGGUCAAGAUAGACUCAUGUCACCCACAGUUUAAUUCUGCUUCUUCACAGGAAACACUUAAAAGUUUAAAUGGAAGGUUCCAUCUAGGCCCAACACAUUUUGAUUUAUGGACAGAAAUGCCCAGCAUUUGGGCUGACAAUAUAAUUUGAAGGAAAAUUAAUCCUUACAAAUAUUUCUUACUGGAUAAAAGACGGGCUCUCCAAUCAGACAGAUUUCAAUCAGAAUGUCUAGUUCUUUUUAAAAACCAACAGGACAUGACUUUGGAAACCUUUCUCUUAAUUGAUUACUCUGGAGCAUUUGCCUUAACGCUAAACCAUUGUGUGGCAGCACUUAGUUCUCUUCAUUACCCUGGUUUGAAGAGUGGGUACGGACUGACUGAGCUAAAAUGAGUACUGGUUUUAGAGGAUAAUUUCAAAAGUUCCCAUGGCUUAUGGAAUCUGGAAACCACAGACAAUGUAGAUAUCCAUCCCAAGACCUCUGGGAGCCCUGUUGAGGUUCAUUUGAAAUUGGUACAGAACGAGAGAAGAGAACCAGUAAGUGACUUGACUUACACAAAUGGCUUAGGAAAGGGCAUUUAAGACUGUGUUAUGUGUGUGUGCACUUGCUUCCUUAAAUCUAACCUGAAAAUAUCACAUGUACAGGUACUUAAAAUAUCUCUAUGUAUUUUCAUGCUUCCUAAUUCAGAGUUCGCAAAAAGAGGCCUAAAGAGGAAGCUCAAUAACAAAGUCCUGGAGAAAAAUGCUAAAACUGUACCUCUACGUCUCCCUUAGAAGGAACCAACCUUGUUAGAUAUUGUAGAAUGACUGCUCGUUUUCAGGGAUUACUAGAAAAGAAUAACCAUAAUUGUACCAUAAUAUGUUCCACCUGCCUUUCUAUAGAGUCUGUGUUCCUUUCCUGCUACUGGUCAAAGUUGGAGCGCUGGGGUGUCUGUUUCCUGUUUCUGAGAGCAUUUCCUCAUUGGCUUUCCCGGCAUUGUUCUAUUUUUCUCUGACACCCCUGCUCACCAAAUAGCUCCUGCAAAAGCACAGUCCCUCCUUCCUCUGCCUCCACCAUGUGUCCAUCUCCAUUUGCAUGCUCUUUCACUCAAUGUUAACGCCUCCCUAAGAAGAAGCUUAGAACAAUCACCAAUGGCAAGGUGCUUUGGCGAUGGAAGUACACCUUUGCAGGGGGAGGGGCUGGAUGAGAUUGACUAGGAUUCAGAUACAGAGCCUUGACCUCCUUCCAGAACUUUGUGGUCCACAGUGAGUUGUUUUAUACUCUCAAGCCCAAGGCAAAGUUACAGCCCACAAUUUCAGAAAGCUUAUCUACCCUUAUUGAUGGUACACUGAAAAUGUCUUGAUGGUGAAGGUAACAGGUGAUUAUUUUUGAUCUCCCAACAGCUUUGCCUUUCAGAGCCCUUCAUGGUGAUUUUCAUAUGUCAGUGGUGCAAUUCAACACUUUUCUAAUAAGCCAUAAUAAUAAUAGUUGGCACAACUGUUAAUGCAACAGGGACUUCCCUGGGUUCCAUUGAUUCAUUGUAGACAGCAGGAAGCUUACAUUGAGGAGACAUUUGUAGCUUCCUAGACAAAUGCAAGAGAAGGAACUAGCAUACUGUACACACCGUAUAGCUGCACUCAACACUGCUCUGUAUCACUGUGGGUGUUCUGUGGGGGCAGGGGAGAAGAAAGAAUUCAGGUAGAAAACAUAUUUUGACUUUCUCACCUUUCAUGGUUAUGAUGGCGACCUGUUCCCACUGAAUAAGCUUGAUGGACACUUUUGAUAGUAAACUGAACUCAUUCUGAGCCAGCACAACAGACAUUUCAUAAUAAAGAAAAGGGUGGCCGAUCACUGUGCCAGAAUCCCCCUCUGCCUAAGAGGUGAUAAUGAAUUUCCUGCACUGGACACACAUACCCAAAAGAACAGUCUGUUCACAUCCUGUGUGCACAGUUUAAAGGAGCCAUCACAAAUGACCUUCAAAGACAGAGACAGAAAGAAUGGAAAGAAGAGAGUUCAAAAUGGAGAGGAGAUGUUCCUUGAAAAAAUGAAGUUAGCAUUUCUAAUGUCCCUCAUCUUGAUGUUCACAUGUCUAAAGCUACUUUCUAAAUAACUUCACCGUACUUUGAAAUUCCCGAGUAGUGGUGUGUCAGUGAUACAUUGGGAUUCUUAACUGAGUUUUUCAGUUUUUAUGCUUUCAUGCCAAUGAAUGUAAUCUCUAACAUUCACCAUUUUAAGCAUACACACACACACACACACACACACACACACACACACACGUAAAGGCAUAUGCAUCAUAUAUUACUCAUUUUGUGAAAAACACAUGUAAAAUAAUAAAAAAUAUUUCAGUGGAUCCUUUUAGUGUGUUUCAGUGUUAACAUUUUGUGGGGAACAAAAAUUUCUAAGGUAUUUGCUGACCAUAUUGUUAAAAUUAUGAUCUUAAGCAACACUGUUAGAAAUGUGUGUGUAUAGUUUCUUUUCCAGUAUCAGUGAACCAAUACAUGCUGAAUAUAAUUUUCAAAAAGAAUGUGUGCUACACUUACAUAUUUUUAUAUCUGUGGUGUUUUCCUAUUAACCUAUAACAGUGAACAAGUGAGCAUUCAGUUGGUUUCAUCCAAAAGGGAAAUGGCCUCCAUGAAAUGUUAAAGUGGGGGAAGUUAUUUACAAAGUCUUCUGCCAAAGACAAUUGUUUAAUGAUCUGUAAAAUGUAGAUUAACUGCUUUCGUUAUGAAUGUGAUUGUAAGAAAUGCUCGACUCUAUCAUCCUCUAUCUUUUGAAAAAAAAAUCAGUAUUUUGUAUUUCUAAGGACCAAGGAAAAUAUUUUUAAUCCAGGGUAAUACACAGACACCUUGGAAAUGAGAUUUAGAGGACUUGGGGUUCUUGUCUAGUUUUAUGCAGUUGACCCAACAUCCGAUGGUAAAUUUACCAGGCACUUCAUAAAGAAAAUAUAAUUUUCCUAUAAUUCUCCCACUGUGCUAAAUUACAUUUGGGCAUUUUAGCUAAUCUUUUCAAAUGAAAGGCACCAACAUUACUGACAGAUCUUGUCUAACAUGGAAGACAUUAAAUACAUUCCUUUUAAAGUAUCUUGAGCAAAUCAAGAUUACCAUCAAAUCAUUUUCCUUCUUAACCACCUCAUACGUUAGCUCAGAGGGCUAACAAUGUUGAUGGGAGGCUAACAGACCAUGUACACCAAGGACAUUUAAUGUGUGCAGUUAGCAAGACCUAGCCAUUUAAAAACUAUAUUCAGAUGUUUUGUAAAUAAAAUUUUUGAUUCUUAUAGUUUUGUUCAAAUUGCUUUUAAAAUAAUUAGAUUUGAUUUACAUUUUUAAAAUAAUCUAAGUUCGAUGUUGCUUUAUUGACCAUGUGGUUCAACGUAACUCAGCCAUAUUCCUUUAGGAAAACAUCAAUCUUAUUGACUUUCUUGGCAUGAGCCAGAUAUUCAUGGUUUCUUUAAAGACUCUAUGUAUGAGACCAAAAGAGAAAAACAAAACAAAACAAAACAAAACAAAAAAAAACACCAAAAUGAAAUGUUAGUAAGAAAUUAGAAGCCAAUUGUAUAAAAUGUAUUUUUAAAAUCUUAAGAACUAUGUGAUUUACACUGCCUGUUAAUCUAGUCUCUUUGUGAAAUAACCACAACAUAAUAUUUGUUAAGUUCUGAAACACCAAAUAUUUGUGAUGUUUGUAUAGCACCAUUGUUAUAAUAUGUGAUUUCAAAUGGGAAGCAUCUUUGUUGUAAUCAUGUGAGCCCACAGAGGAAUCAAUUCCUGCUGUUCUGUACAACCAGCUCUCAGAAUUCAGAUUUCUUGCAGCUGCUGUAUCACCAAUAAAUGAGAAUUACUUGUGAAAAACAAUUUUUAAAGAAUUGAGUUUAUGAUCACUGUGCAUUUUCCUAAUGAAUUAAUUUUGAGAGUUUUAUUUUUUACCAAAAAUGCUCUCUCUCUCUCAGUCAGUAAAUACAACUGCUGAUUUCAACCACAUUAUCACUUCAGUGGUUUCUAUAUUCUUAAUCUAACUACCAAAAACUGGAAGCUUACUACAAGGUAUGUCCUAAUAAAUGUACAAUAAAUGACUUUUCCUGCAUGCUGCCUGGGAUAUGUUGUAAUUUGAAAUGUCUUAGCAAAAAAAUUAUAUAUUUCACAAUCCCAAAUUGAAAUGGCAAUAUUUCUCAUGUGUAUAAUCAAUGGUAUGUUAAUAUCAAAAUCAGAAGCACUGUCUGUCAUACAUGUAUGUUAUGUGAUGUUUAACUUGUUAAACUGUAAUCCACGAAAUGUUCAUUGCUUGAACUAUUAAUUCUGUACAAGUCAUUGUCUUAACUGUUUUCCUAAUCUUACCAUAUUUCCUAACACUGAAAUAUAAAUGUUUGUAUAUUAGUCACUCA